CUCCUCCUGCCAAAAUUCUCUCGUAAGACUAUUCGGAACACUCUCUUCACAAUGGGUCUCGCGGCACCAAAGAAUCGCUCCAAGAUCUCCAAUGACCCACAGAACACUACCUGGGCCAACAACACCGAGCGCUUCGGCCACAAGAUCCUCACGUCGCAAGGCUGGACUCCUGGCGCAUCCCUCGGUGCCACCGACGCCGCUCACAAGGCGCACUACACUGCUGCCUCCCAAUCCCACAUCCGCGUCUUCCUCAAGGAUGACAACCUCGGCCUCGGCGCAAAGCGCGGCAGCGAGCGCGCCGAGAACUUCGGUCUCGCUGGGUUCGCAAGCAUAUUAGGGCGUCUGAACGGGAAGGAGGAAGAAGUGAAGAAGGAAGAGGAGAGGCAAGAGAAGAUCCAGCAGAGGGCGUAUGUGUACAAGAAGUUCGGCAUGAUGAACUUCGUCAGUGGAGGAUACUUGGUGGGCGACAAGAUCGAGAAGGGUGUGAAGAAGGAGGUUGAGGUCAAGGUGGAGGUGAAAUUCGAGCCGGCGUCGUCGGACAACGAGGUCACGGAGAAGAAGUCGAAGAAGAGAAAGAGGAGCGGCGAAGAGGACGUUAAGAAGGAAGAUGAGGAAGAGCCAAAACUUAAGCGCAAGAAGAAGAGCGUGAGCCUGCGCGAAGAGGCUGCAAAGGAAGACGCCGCUCUGGAAGCGACUUCGAAGUGGAAGAAAGAUAAAAAGGAGAAGAAGGACAAGAAGUCGAAGAGCGUUUCCGAAACCCCUGCCACAGACUCAGAACCGCUCACGGACAAGGCCCGCCGGAAAGCCGAGAAGCGCGCUCGCAAGGAGGAGAAAAAACUCAAGAAGGCUCUCAAGAAGGCCGCCAAGGAGGCCGCAAAGUCGAACCCCACGACUGAGGACCCCAGCUCUGAAAGCGAGAGCGAGGAGGAGAGCACACCAGCUAGCUCUGUACCUACUACGGGCACUUCGACGCCCUCUGGCUUGACGUACAACCCGCGAGGCAUGCAUGCUGUGCGCCAGAGAUACAUACGGCAGAAGAAGAUGGCAAGCAUGGACCCACAGGCAUUGAAGGAGAUUUUCAUGAUCAAGACACCAUCAUAGCGAUUGGAGCGAGCGAGCGAUUCUGGGAUUUGGAAUGCAUAGCGUGGCGUUAGACUGCGGUCCUCUUCUAGAAUAGACGUUAUACAGAGUGAACUAC